CAUUCAGUGGUCGGGAGCUGCCCGCGAGGGGGAGCGGCCGGACGGAGAGCGCGACUCGUCCCGGGGGUGGGGCCGGGCGCGGAGGAGAGAGGAGACCGAGGUGGCCGCGGCGGCAGCGGCACGGCAGCCUCGAACCGGCCCGGAGCGCAGCGCGGCCACGCAGCUUCGCGUUCCCCUCCGGGUGCCCCGGCCCAUGGCGGCCGCGGGGCGGCUGUGGCUGCUCUACCUGUCGGCGGGGCUCCUGCCCCGGCUCGGUGCCGCCUUCAACUUGGACACCAGAGAGGACAAUGUGAUCGAGAAAACCGGGGACUCCGGGAGCCUCUUCGGCUUCUCGCUGGCCAUGCACAGGCAGCUGGAGCCCGAGGAGAAGCGGCUGGUGCUUGUGGGGGCUCCACGGGCAGUAGCCCUUCCCCUGCAGAAGGCCAACAGAACAGGAGGCUUGUACAGCUGUGACAUCACCUCCCGGGGGCCUUGCACACGGAUUGAAUUUGAUAAUGAUGCUGACCCUUCAUCAGAAAGCAAGGAAGAUCAGUGGAUGGGGGUCACCGUCCAGAGCCAAGGUCCAGGGGGCAAAGUUGUGACGUGUGCCCAUCGAUAUGAAAAACGGCAACAUGUUAACACAAAGCAGGAAUCUCGAGACAUCUUUGGAAGGUGUUAUGUCCUAAGUCAGAACCUCAGGAUUGAAGACGAUAUGGAUGGAGGAGACUGGAGUUUUUGUGAUGGCCGAUUGAGAGGUCAUGAAAAAUUUGGUUCUUGCCAGCAAGGUGUAGCAGCUACUUUUACUAAAGACUAUCAUUACAUUGUGUUUGGAGCCCCAGGCACUUAUAACUGGAAAGGGAUUGUUCGCGUAGAGCAAAAGAAUAACACUUUUUUUGACAUGAACAUCUUUGAAGAUGGGCCUUAUGAAGUUGGUGGAGAGACUGACCGUGAUGAAAGUCUUGUUCCUGUUCCUGCUAACAGUUAUUUAGGCUUUUCUUUGGACUCAGGGAAAGGUAUUGUUUCCAAAGAUGAGAUGACUUUUGUAUCUGGUGCUCCUAGAGCCAAUCACAGCGGAGCUGUGGUUUUGCUUAAAAGAGACCUGAAGUCUGCACAUCUUCUCCCCGAGCACAUAUUUGAUGGGGAAGGGCUGGCUUCUUCAUUUGGCUAUGAUGUGGCAGUGGUGGACCUCAACAGCGACGGGUGGCAAGAUAUAGUUAUUGGGGCCCCACAGUAUUUUGAUAGAAGUGGAGAAGUUGGAGGUGCAGUGUAUGUCUACAUGAACCAGCAAGGCCGAUGGAAAAACGUCAAGCCAAUUCGUCUUAACGGAACCAAAGAUUCUAUGUUUGGCAUUGCAGUCAAAAAUAUUGGAGAUAUUAAUCAAGACGGCUACCCAGAUAUUGCAGUUGGAGCACCCUACGAUGGCAAGGGGAAGGUUUUUAUCUAUCAUGGAUCUGCAAAUGGAAUAAAUACCAAACCAACACAGGUUCUCGAGGGUAAAUCGCCGUCUUUUGGAUAUUCAAUUGCUGGAAACAUGGACCUUGAUAGAAAUUGGUACCCUGAUGUUGCUGUUGGUUCCCUCUCAGACUCAGUAACUAUUUUCAGAUCCCGGCCUGUUAUUAAUAUUCAGCAAACCAUCACAGUAACACCUAACAGAAUUGAUCUCCGACAGAAAACAUCCUGCGGGGCUCCUAGCGGAAUAUGCCUCAAGGUGAAGGCCUGCUUUGAAUAUACUACCAAACCUGCUAAUGACGAUCCUUCAAUAACCAUCGUGGGCACCCUGGAGGCUGAAAAGGAAAGAAGAAAAUCUGGGCUGUCAUCAAGAGUUCAGUUUCGAAACCAAGGUUCUGAGCCCAAGUAUACGCAAGAGCUGACUCUGCACAGGCAGAAGCAGAAGGCAUGCAUGGAGGAGACCCUCUGGCUCCAGGAAAAUAUCAGAGAUAAAUUACGUCCCAUUCCCAUAACUGCCUCAGUGGAGAUCCAGGAGCCCAGCACGCGGAGGCGAGUGAAUUCGCUUCCAGAAGUACUUCCAAUUCUGAAUUCAAAUGAACCCAAGUCUGUUCACACAGAUGUGCACUUCUUAAAAGAAGGAUGUGGAGCUGACAACAUAUGUAACAGCAACCUGAAGCUAGAAUAUAAAUUUUGUACCCGAGAAGGAAAUCAAGACAAAUUUUCUUAUUUACCAAUUCAAAAAGGGGUACCAGAACUAGUUCUAAAAGAUCAGAAGGACAUUGCUUUAGAAAUAACAGUGACAAACAGCCCGUCCGACCCGAGGAAUCCCACCAAGGAUGGCGACGAUGCCCACGAGGCUAAGCUCAUCGCCACUUUUCCAGACACCCUGACUUACUCUGCAUAUAGAGAAUUGAGGGCUUUCCCUGAGAAACAAUUGAGUUGUGUUGCCAACCAGAACGGCUCUCAAGCGGACUGCGAGCUGGGGAACCCCUUUAAAAGAAAUUCCAGCGUUACUUUUUAUCUGAUUUUAAGUACAACUGAGGUCACCUUCGACACCACAGAUCUGGAUAUUAAUCUGAAGCUGGAAACAACAAGCAAUCAAGAUAAUUUGGCUUCAAUUACAGCUACAGCAAAAGUGGUUAUUGAACUGCUUUUAUCGGUCUCUGGAGUUGCUAAACCUUCCCAGGUGUAUUUUGGAGGUACAGUUGUUGGUGAGCAAGCUAUGAAAUCUGAAGAUGAAGUGGGAAGUUUAAUUGAGUAUGAGUUCAGGGUAAUUAACUUGGGCAAACCUCUUAAAAACCUCGGCACAGCAACAUUGAAUAUCCAGUGGCCAAAAGAAAUUAGCAAUGGCAAAUGGUUGCUUUAUUUGGUAAAAGUAGAAUCCAAAGGAUUGGACAAGGUAGCUUGUCAGCCACAGAGGGAAAUAAACUCGCUGCAACUAAAGGAGUCUCACAACUCCAGAAGGAAACGAGAAAUUGCUGAAAGACAGAGGGAUGAUGGCAGAAAAUUUUCUUUAUUUGCUGAAAGGAAGUACCAGACCCUUAACUGCAGCGUGAACGUGAACUGUGUGAACAUCAGGUGCCCGCUCCAGGGGCUGGACAGCAAGGCCUCUGUGGUUCUGCGCUCGAGGUUAUGGAACAGCACGUUUCUGGAGGAGUACUCCAAAAUGAACUACCUGGACAUUCUCGUGCGGGCUUCCAUUGAUAUGACUGCCGCCACUGAGAAUAUCAAGCUGCCAAACGCAGGCACUCAGGUUCGUGUGACUGUGUUUCCCUCAAAGACUGCGGCUCAGUAUUCAGGAGUCCCUUGGUGGAUCAUUCUAGUGGCUAUUCUUGCUGGGAUUUUGAUGCUUGCUCUAUUAGUGUUUUUACUAUGGAAGUGUGGAUUCUUUAAACGCUCUAGGUACGACGAUAGCGUUCCCCGAUACCAUGCUGUAAGGAUCCGAAAAGAGGAGCGAGAGAUCAAAGAUGAAAAAUAUAAUGAUAACCUCGAAAAAAAACAGUGGAUCACAAGGUGGAAUGAAAAUGAAAGCUACUCCUAGGGGGGGCCACAAAAGCUUCACAAUAUCCAAACUGCUUAUUUUUUUUUCCCUCCAACUCAGAAAAUCAGAUGGAUGUAACAGCCUGUUCAAUACCUGAAUAUUGAUUUCAGACAGACUACACACAGUACGAGCCUACAGUUUUAGCUGUGGACAUUGUCACAUGGCCUGAGGCUCCUGUUUUGCACAGCCAAAUUUGAGGCUGUUGGAAUGGAUUUGUCUUUAACUGCCUUAAUUUCACGUUCCGGGUUGCCUUUGUUUUUGGUGUGACUGACUUCCUUGUGCUGGGGAAGGGCCUGCCCCGUUACACUCACAUGACAUCCUCCCCAUAGCAUAGCUGGAAGAAGGCCACCGUCGCCGCGCCAACAGAGUGACCGUCCCAGCCACGGCAUUGCCUCUGCAAACACUCUUCUAGGACUGGAGAACCUGCAUGUAAACUGUCCUGCAUCACAAGACGGCACCAUCAGGGUAGUUGUGUUCGAUUUAAAGUGCUCUCAUAAAUUAAAUGUGCAAUAGAAGGUGAUGUUGCCAUCCUGCCCUCUUUUUCCAUUUCCUAGACGUGUGAAUACCUGCUCACGCCAAAUACAUACAGGUUUUUCAUUCCCCUUUCACUAAAACACACGGGCAUAACAGAUUUGAAUGCUAGGUAUACUUAUUUGCGUAUGGUAUUUAUUUUUCUUUUUUAUGAACCAUUUUGUUAUCGACUAACAGGCCAAAGAUUCUCCAGUUUACCCUUGAGGUUGGAUUAAGCAAUCAGAGUUAGAACAUGAGAGGUCAUGGGUUGGACCUGAGUUACUGACUGCAAAAAAGAAGAUAAUACGUCUUUGUAUAUGUACCAGAGAGUUGUUCUACUUUACAGAUACGUUUUAAGUUAUUAAAAAUCUCCCUUCAUGACAGCCCUCACCCCCUCCCUCCAAACCCAAAAUGUUUAAGAAAACAGGAUUUAACUGUAAGAUGUUUAAGUCUUAUCAGACAUCGGAUGAUUUGUAGCUUAGAAUCCUGUGUGAUGUUUCUGAAUUUCAUGCUAUAACCUUUAGGAACUCUUGGGAAAUAACGGGAGUGUUUGUUGAACUGUAGUGCAGUUGAGUCACUGCUACAAAUACUGUAAAUUCAGGACUUGAAAGAAAUGCUGAGUACCUACAGGGAUCCAGACUGAUCCAGUCUAAGACUACUGAAUACCUGAUACCAAAAUCAGAACAUUGUGGCUUUGAAGUUUUUUAACGUUCUGGAAUCAUUGAAUCAGUAAGCCGAUGUUCAAAUUUUUUUUUCUUUUUUGCUUUGUUUCCUCCUCUGUCUGUAUCCCUCCACCCUCAAAUACUUUGGGACUACUCUAACAAGAACUUUAAAGUGUUUCAUUUUAAAAAUGAAGGGGAAGGAGGACGACGAUACUAUAAACAUUCAGUAGAGAUUGAAUAGAUAAUAAAAGUUGAACUUUAAAAAAAUUAUUAUACUUCAAAAUGGUAAGUUAUAUAGGGAGCAGCAGCAACCAGGUGCUAAUUUAUUUGGGUGUGGUGUAAGCAACAUCUCCGAAUCUUUUAAAAGAACAAAAUACUACAACCGUGUGUAUCAUUGCGGCUUUGAUAUUUUAAUUUUCUUUUUUCCUUUCAGAAAUCUUAUACCCUUAUUCUAGUUGUACUUUGGAAUUUUCAUUCACAAAAAGUUUUACAACUCUUUGUGUUUUCAUUCACAAAAAGAGUUUUACAAGUGAGACUUUGUUUACAGAAAUUUCUCUAAAACAGGUCAUAACAGUGUUUAAAAUCUCAGUUUCUUAGGUGACUUGAAACCUAUUGCACUGGCUUUAUAGGUUACUGAGAAGCUGAUAUUUUGAAAGUGUUUAUAGACCUUUGUUAUAAAAAUGAAUGUCCUGAAAAAGGGGGGGGUGCAAGUAUGGUUCAAUAAUAAAAGAAACAAGAAUGUAGUGGUGUUUAAAUUUAUACUUGUUAAAAAUGUCAUCUCAAGUCAAGUCACUGGUCUGUUUGCAUUUGAUACAUUUUUAUACUAACUGGCAUUGUAAAAUUAUUUCAUGAUUAGAAAAUACCUGUGGAUAUUUGUAUAAAAGUGUGAAAUAAAUUUUUUUAUGAAAGUGUUCA